GAGUGGCACUUAUGAUCUCAAAAAGCCAAUGUAGGGCGGAAAACAAUCGUGGUUGUUCACUUCAUAGCUUCUGUACUCGAACCCACUACAAUUACAAGCUGAACAAUAUUUUAUUCUAUGAAAAGCAAGGAUGAUUUUGAUGAACACCGCAUAAGAAGUUGUAUAUGUGGAAAAGAUAUUGCUAUUCAGGGAAAUAGAUUAAUAAGAGAAAACAGAUGUGAUUGAGACGUAGAAAAGAAUUCCAAUUAAGUGCAGUUUUCACCAUAGUGGCAAAUUUGAUACUGGAGGGAUGAUACGCAUGUUUCUGAUGUCCAUUACUUUCUUCAUCGCCUCUGUAGAUGCUUUGUAUUUAGCCGGGCAUUUGCACACGAAAAAUAGCUGGGCGUUUCUUGGGAGAUUCUGUUUUCUCUCUGAUCUUGGUCGAUUGCAGUUCAAGUUUAUUUAUCCAUACGACGAAUGCUGUCACAACAUUUUACUCUACUACGACGAUGGAGGGCAAUGGGCUUCUGUUUAUAAGAAUGAUUCUAAGAAUUGCUUUGAAAAAGAAGCGGUGAUUCACCCGGAAGAUCAUCAGAUAAUAAACUUAACAACACGAUCUGCUUGGAGUGGAUGCAAGACAAAUAAUAAAACCGGAAAGAAGAUGCUUCAAUGUACCGGAGGAAGGAGUUUUAGAACUUUACAUGAACGAUGGUGGUAUAUUGCCAUCAGUAAUUGCGAAGCUGGUGCGAAAGGCAAUGCCAUUGACAUUGAAUAUGAAAUGAAGCUGACGAACGGAUUCUCCUUCUGGACUGAACAUUUUUCCGCAGAUGAAUUUGGCAUUCUGGAAACCAACAUCGUAUUCUUGAUUAUAUAUUCUCUGACAUUUACUUACGCUGCCAGAGUUGCAGUUGAGCUGGCAAAUCGUCAAAUGCUUCAUACAACGUACAAGAUGUUCACAUCAUGUUUGGGAAUCGAGUUGUUCGGGCUACUAUUAUUAUGCAUUGCCAUGGGAACGUUUGCUACGGACGGUGUCGGGAACGAAGGUUUGACAAUAGCAGGUGAAAUUCUUGGAGCAAUUGCAGAACUUGGAUUUCUGUUGAUGUUACUUCUUCUUGGGAAAGGUUUCACUAUCACAAGAGGACAACUCUCACAUUCUGGCAGUAUCAAACUUGCUGUAUUUAUAACUGUGUAUGCUGUGAUAAGCGUUGUGUUGUUUCUAUAUGAAUAUGUGUUCUCUGAUCCCGGACUAGUCCUUUACGUCUACGAAUCAGCAGCAGGCUAUGGGCUGAUAGGCUUGAGGCUUACUGCGUGGUUUUGGUUUACGUAUGGAAUCUUAUUCACGGUCAAGCAUUAUCCUGAAAAGAGUGGCUUUUACUAUUCUUUGUAUAUUUUCUACAGCAUAUGGUUUUUUGCAGUUCCAAUCAUGGUUCUUGUUUCCACAUUUGCAAUUCCAAAAUACAUGAGGUCAAAGGUCGUCUCAAUUCUCGAACUUUGCAUCGAUUUUCUUGCUUACUUUAUAUUUCUGGUUCUUACCAGGCCAAGUGCUGCAAAUCGCAACUUUCCAUAUCACGUUAGAACCUCACAAAUAGGAAUUGUCAAACCAGACGGUAAAAUUGAAUCAAUAGUGAACUUUCCUCAUUCUGUUUACGGAGAUCCGACAGAUUUGAACGGAAAUGGUAACGGUCACAGAGCUCCAAACUUUGCAGAGUUGUUUGUUGUUCAGCCUUCAGGUUCGUUACAGAAUGGAUCCCGAUCUCUCGGCCCUGAAGUAAGACUGAGCGAACGACGCACAACUUCUACUCAUCAUGGACGUUAUGGCGAGAAUCUCGAUAAAUCUGGCGGAGGUACAUCAUUACAAACUCAUCAGGGAACAAGCCUGACUCAAGCACCCCCAUCUUACACCCAAGUUACCUCACAACAAUUCAAUCUGACCUUGCCUUCAACAACGAGGAUUGGAACAAACAUGGCGUCAGUAAGCCAAGAAGGACAAAAAAUGGCGUCGGAGAGUCAUGGUGAACAAAAAAAGGUGGAACAAUCGGGACUUUACGCAGCAUCGCCUUCUACCUCCGGACUAUUUUCAAUUGACAAGACUGUUAACACUUGAUGGAUAGCACCCUCCGUUGACGAAGCAAUGAUUACUUUGUUAUUUGAAAAAAAUUGUAAAAACAAAAUACAUUGAACCAGCAGCAGAAUAAAUACAUGUUUUGAAAAUCGA